UACGUCAUUACGUAGCCGGCGGGAGUUGUGACGCACGGCUUCCUUGUUUUUAAUUCGGCGCGGGAGUUCCAUCGGAGGAAGUCUGGUUGGUUAAAAUGCCCUGUGAAAGGAAGCCGAUGCGCUACGGCCACUCGGAGGGACACACCGAGGUCUGCUUCGAUGACACCGGGAGGUAUAUCGUAACGUGUGGAAAUGACGGCGAUGUUCGGAUUUGGGAAAGCCUGGAUGAUGACGAUCCAAAGUUCAUCACUGUAGGGGAAAAGGCUUACUCCCUCGCACUCAAGAAAGGCAAGUUGGUGACGGCGAGCUCCAGCAACACGGUGCAGAUCCACACGUUUCCCGACGGCGACCCGGAUGGCAUCCUGACGCGGUUCACCACCAACGCCACUCACGUCACCUUCAACCACAGCGGCACCAGAGUCGCCGCCGGGUCCAGUGACUUCAUGGUGAAGGUGGUGGAGGUGUCAGACAGCAGCCAGCAGAAAACACUGCGGGGUCACGAAGCCCCUGUCCUCAGUGUGACCUUUGACCCUAAAGAUGAAUACCUGGCGUCUUCCAGCUGCGACGGCUCGGUCGUCGUGUGGAGCAUCGAGGAGCAGACUCAGGUGAUCAGCUGGCCGUUGCUGCAGAAAACCAACGACGUCAGCAACGCCACGUCUCUGUGCCGUUUGGCGUUCCAGCCUGCAGCCGGGAAGUUUUUAGCUGUUCCAGUAGAAACCAGAGUUCACCUGUACGAGCGCGGAUCCUGGGAUCACGUGGGCUCGCUGUCCGACGAGCUGCUCACUCAGCCGGUCAACGUGGCGUCCUGGUCCCCUUGCGGCCGCUUCCUUGCAGCCGGCGCCGUCGGAGGUUUGCUGACGAUCUGGGACGUGAACAGCCGGCUGGUGGUGGAACGGCAGAAGCAUGAGAAAGGAUUCACGGUGUGCAGCUUGGCCUGGCAUCCAUCCGGCAGCCAGAUCGCCUACACGGACACAGAGGGCUGCCUGGGCCUGCUGGACGGACUCGGCACCUCCGGUACCGGUACCGACUCCACCAAGGCUCCAGCUGCGAAACCUGCUAACGACUACGACGACCUGUUUGACGAGGAUGAUGACAGACUGAUGGAUGAAGGACUCAGUGACGCCAAUUCUCCAGUAAAGAAGGCGGCGGAGGAUGAGGACGAUGACGACUUCCUGAUCCCGUCCACGGGUCGAGUGAGGAACAGAGCCGCCAUCCUGAACGAUGAGAACUCGCUGGACACAGGAUCCCUAAAACUCGGUCAGGAUAAGUUUGGGGACGAUGAUGAUGACGACGCCGGCAGCUCUGUGGCCCCGGCGGCGGCGCAGCGCCCCGUCUACGACGGCCCGGUGCCGACCCCUCCCCAGAAGGCCUUUCAGCCCGGAUCCACGCCAGCUCACCUCACUCACCGCUUCAUGAUGUGGAACUCUGUGGGGAUAGUGCGAGGCUACAACGACGAGCAGGACAACGCCAUCGACGUGGAGUUUCACGACACCGCCGUCCACCACGCCAUGCACCUCACCAACUCCCUGGGUCACACCAUGGCCGACCUUUCCCAGGAGGCCGUGCUGCUGGCCUGCCCAAGCACCGACGACCUCGCCAGUAAGCUGCAGUGCCUCCACUUCUCCUGCUGGGACACCAGUAAGGAGUGGAUGGUGGACCUGCCGCAGGGCGAGGACGUGAAGGCGCUGUGUCUGGGUCAGGGCUGGGCGGCCGUCGCCACCAGCGCGCUGCUGCUGCGGCUGUUCUCGGUGGGCGGCGUCCAGAGGGAGAUCUUCAGCCUGCCGGGGCCGGUGGUGUGCCUGGCCGGCCACGGGGAGCAGCUGCUGGUGGUUUACCACCGAGCGACGGGUUUCGACGGAGAACAAGCUCUCGGCAUUCAGCUGCUGCAGUUUGGUCGCAGAAAGAGGCAGCUGAUGAACGGCGAACCGCUCCCCCUCUCCCCCAAGUCGUACCUCUCCUGGGCUGGGUUCACCGCCGAAGGCACGCCGUGCUACGUGGAUUCAAACGGGCUGGUGCGGAUGCUGAACCGCGCGCUGGGCAACACGUGGACGCCAGUUUGUAACACCAGAGAAACCUGCAAGAGCAAAUCGGAUCACUACUGGGUGGUUGGGGCCCACGAGAACCCCCAGCAGCUCAGGUGUAUCCCGUGCAAAGGCUCCCGGUAUCCUCCCACUCUGCCUCGGCCGGCUGUCGCCAUCCUGCCGUUUAAGCUGCCGCUGUGUCAAACCGGCACAGAAAAGGGACAAAUGGAGGAGCAGUACUGGCGAUCCGUCCUGUUCCAUAAUCACUACAGCUUCCUGUCCUCCAGCGGCUACGAAGUCGACGAGGCUGCGCAGACGCAGUCGGACAAGGAGCAGCAGGAGCUUCUCAUGAAGAUGUUUGCUUUGUCCUGUAAACUGGAGCGGGAGUUUCGCUGCGUGGAGCUGGCGGAGCUGAUGACCCAGAACGUGGUGACUCUGGCCAUCCGGUACGCGUCCCGAUCCAGACGGAUGAACCUGGCGCAGCGGCUCAGCGAGAUCGCGCUGGAGAAGUCGACCCAGCUUCAGGAAGAUGAGGAACCCGAAGACGAGCCGGAGUUCUCCCGCGACAGACGUUUUCGGCAGACUGAACCUUACAACACGAGGCAGAAUGAGGAGGAGGAGCAGGAGGAGGAUGAAGAAGAGCGAGUGGAGGAAGAGGACGGAAGGGAAAUGGAGACAGAGGAAACUAAAAGACGUUUGAAUCCUUUCGCUAAAGAGUCGGGUUUCCCUGCGAAGCCGUCGCUGACGCCAAUUGGCCGAGUUGGAAGAUCAAACCCCUUCAAGGUCGCUGAUUCUGGCAAGCCGACGUCUUCGUCCGGACAACCUCGAGCGUCAAACAUCCUGGACAACAUGAGGUCCAGCAGGAAGUUGGCGCCGCUCAGCGGGUCGGCAGGAAAACCCGGCAAAGGCCCCGUCCUCAAGCCACUGGCUCCCAGAGCCAAAGCCAAGGCUCAGUCAACUUUGCUGCAGAUCUCCAGCAACAAGACGGCCAAUAAGAAAACUGUGGAGGCCGCGGAGCCGGCCGCAGAUCUGCAGAAACAGCCUGACGCUGCAGCGCCACCUGCAGAAAACACAGAAAAUAAGAGGCCAAAAACAGGAUUCCAGCUGUGGCUGGAUGAGAACCGGAAAAUCAUAAUCGCCGAUAAUCCAGACCUGGAUGAGACGGACGUCAUCAAAGAGGCGAUGGGACGAUUCAGGACGCUGUCAGCAGACGAGAGACUGUCGUGGACAGAAAGAGCGAAAGGACAAAGUGGAGACGCUGCGGACCUGAAAAAAAGAAAGAGAGCAGAAAACGAAGCGGUGGAGAGCGAUGAAAGUAACGCCAGGAAGAAGUCGUCGUCCCUGGAUUCGUCCUCCAAGCUGUCUGCAUUCGCAUUCAGCAAAAACUGAAUGUUUUACCCAUGAAAAAUGUGGAAGAGCUUUUGAGACGAGUUAUCUGUUUCUGUGUUGGAUCAAACGAACCAGAUUGAAAGUUAUCUGGUUCUCUUUUAUAUUCAAUUUGUAAAAACCUUUCUGUAUUUUAGCAAUUAAAUAAAUAUUAAAAUUCA